GCUGGCGGUGCCACAUACACUGCUGUCGUCAUCAUCGUCCGCCAUAUUGGUCGAGAAGAGAGUGGAGGUAGAACGGGAAGGGAAUCUCGCUGUUUUUUGGGCUCCUCCGGAUCAUCUGCAACACCGAGUAAAACUCAACUGGGGAAACAGGGUUCAGGCCAUCGAUCGGAGUUCAUUUAUGUAUUGGGAACCUUGAAGCGCUGCUAAUCGUAGGCAAAGGCGAGAUCCGCUGCAGCGUCACUAGGAGCUUGUGUGCCGACCAUGACUUCCCUGACCCAGAGGAGCUCGGGCCUGGUGCAGCGGCGCACCGAGGCCUCGCGCGGCGCCUCCGCCGACAAGGAGCGCGGAUCCGGGGAUGAGGACUACGAGACGCGGCGCCGGGACGAGCAGGAGGACGACGACAAGGGGGACUCCAAAGAAACGCGCCUCACACUCAUGGAAGAGGUGUUGCUCCUGGGAUUGAAGGACCGAGAGGGGUACACGUCCUUCUGGAAUGACUGCAUCUCUUCUGGGCUGCGUGGGUGCAUGCUCAUCGAGCUGGCCUUGAGAGGGAGGCUGCAGCUGGAGGCCUGUGGCAUGCGGAGGAAAAGUCUGUUAGCCAGGAAGGUGUGUACCAUCUCAUAGCCUGUCAAGUAAGGGAUAAUGUACAGGCAGCCGGUAGUUAU